AAACAAAUGGAAAAUAAAGUGAAAUUAAGUACUCAAGAUGGAGUGAUCAUCGAAGUAAUAAGAAUUUCUAUAUAGGUUGACAAAGAGGUAGCAUGUAAAUCUCAUUUAAUCAACACUAUUAUUGAUGAUACAGGUAGUGAAGAAGAAAUUCCAUUACCAAAUGUUAAAAGCAGUAUCUUGAAUAAGGUGAUUGAAUACUGUAAUAUGCAUAGAAAUGAUACACCUCCUGAAAUUGAAAAGCCUUUAAGAAGCAAUAAUUUGUAAUACUCUAUACUAUUUUUUAGGGCUGAUUGUGUAGAACAAAAAGAUGCUGAUUUUAUUAACAUACCUAAUUUAGAGGAACUAUUUGAUAUUAUUUUGGCUGCCAACUAUCUUGAUAUUAAGUCUCUUCUAGACUUGUCUUGCGCCAAAGUUGCUACUUAUAUUAAAGGUAAUUAAAUAAUUGAAAAUUUAAGGCAAAACCCCUGAGGAGAUUAGAAAAACAUUCAACAUCUAAAAUGACUUGACCCAAGAAGAAGAAUAACAAAUCAGAGAAGAAAAUAAAUGGGCUGAGGAGACAAGUUGAUAUUUCUUCAUAAAAUAAAAUCAAAAUAUAUAAUAUUGAUCUUCA